AUGGCUCGGGCAGGCUCUCUCGCCUACAAUUCGCGUCCCUCUGAUGCCGAGCGGGAGCGGAUCCGCGAGCUGUCAAGAUACUACUGCUGUACCAACCGGUCGUCCCUCUACCCCGUCGCCAAUGAGACUCAGUCGUCACAAGAUGCUCAGACGGGCGAUGAGCAGACCAGCCAGGCUGACCUGUCAUCGGAUAUUACGCUGACGGCGUUGGCACAGCUGGGCGUGUUUCGUCUAGGAUGUAAUCGGUCCUUCGUUUCUCUUAUCGAUGGAGACAAUCAAUACAUCGUCGCCGAAGCCACCGCUUCCAUUUCCCUGCGCGAUAAAGACCGACAUCUCCCCGACGACGGCAUUUAUCUAGGUGCUCGCACCCUGGACCUGGUUUGGGGCGUGUGUCCGCAUACUAUUCGAUUGUUUACCGGCUCCGAUCCGUCGUAUGGAAUCGAUACAGACAAUGUGACGGCCAACCGAACACGCUAUGUCAUCAAGGACUUCACCAAGGAGGACUGUUUCAAGGACCGCCCCUAUGUCCGCGAGUGGCCACACAUGCGCUUCUAUGCUGAGGUCCCUCUGACCAGCCCAUCAGGCUAUGUGCUUGGCUCAUAUAGUGUUGUCGACAAUAAACCGAGAGAGCAUUUUGGCGACGAAGAUAUCGAGGCCCUGCAGGAAAUCUCGGAUGCGAUCGGGAACCACCUCGAAAACGUCCGAAUCGCUCAUUACCAUCGUCGGGCUGAGCGUCUGGUCAAAGGUCUCAUGGACUUCUCGAAAGAUCAAACCGAUUUCGACCCCCGUAUCUCGAGCGAAAACCGCCUGCAGUCCGCGACGUUGAAUUCCGAUGCGAUUCCGUUGUCGAUGGACCACAUCAACACCAACCAUCCGCCUGAAAAAUUCUCGAAUGAUGGAAGUGGCAAUGCGACGGGCCAUGGCGCUCACUCUUGGUCGACCCCUCGCACAGAGGCGCCAUCGCCUUUGUUCUUCGCUGGUCAGCCGUCAAACUCAACAAAACCGUCUUCCCUCGAAUCUAAUAUGUCUAGAGGCCGACCAAGUCCUGGCGAAGAAAGAUCACUGGAGUCGCUUGACGAAGCCGUGCUUGCUGCAACCAACACGAUACACAAGAACGAGUCUCUCACUUCGUUGGCCGAUAGCAUCUUCAACUCUGCUCGAAUCCCGGAGAUCUUUACGCGUGCCAGUGUGUUACUGAGGGAUGCGAUGAACCUUGAGGGAGUAGUAUUUUUGGAUGCAACAAGAAGCGAGCCUUCACUACCACCGCCCAACCAACACGCAUGGGAGCCACUUCCGAAACCCGUGGCCCAGGGUCAGGAUCCCCCGGUUGCCGCCUGCCCGCCCACUCCUUUUGGAUUGGCCGAACCACCCCAAUCAAAUGUACCCUGCGAAGUCCUCGGCCUUUCAUUGAAGCCAGCCCUACGCAUAUCCGCGGAGUCAUCAGUGAGAAGUCAGCCUGUCGUAGCAGAAAACGUUCUUAAUACGAUGUUUCAAUGCUUCCCCCGUGGUCAAGUUGUCAACCUAGAAGACUCAGUGGAUAAUGAAGACUACUUGUCCUUUGGAGACAAGGCCGGAAAUACCCAAAGCAAGCAAAGUCACAUCUCCAGCAUAGCCAAAAUUCUUGCUCCGAUGUUCCCCGACGCAAAAUACGUCGUUUGGCUUCCACUAUGGGAUCACCAGAAGUCGCGAUGGAUGGCCGGCAUGCUUUCGUGGAGCUCGGAUAGCCAUCGUGGUCUCGGCGAGGAAGAACUGCACUACUUCAAGGUCUUCGGCGACUCCAUUAUUUCAGAAAUCUCCCGAGUGAACUGGAUAUCGACUGAAAAGUCCAAAUUCGACCUACUGUCGUCGCUCAGCCAUGAACUCCGCUCCCCACUCCAUGGUAUUCUGGCAAGUGCUGAGUUGUUGCAUGGGACUGCUAUCGACUCUACCCAAGAGGAGAUGGUCAAAAUGAUCGAGACGUCGGGCUUCACACUCCUGGAUACAACCGAUCAUUUGCUGGCUUAUUGCAAGAUCAACAAUUUCAGUCGGACGAAGAGGUCGAAAGGUAAGCACUCUAAUGGUGAUAUAUCGAGCUUGGAAUCGGAAUUCGAUCUUGGGGUACUUAUCGAAGAGGUUACCAACAUCCUGUACACUGGGCAACGAGCCGCAGAAAAGGGGUCCCGCGUCGUGACGGUGCAGCCACUUCAGAACCUCUCCAGAACUUCAAGUUCAUCUAGCACAGAUUCAGAGAACCUUUCGAUUGUCGUACGCGUUGACCAGACACACUCAUGGAAUAUCCGUUCCCUCCCUGGUGCCUGGCGACGAAUCAUCAUGAACCUCCUCGGCAAUUCUCUAAAAUGGACCACUCAGGGCUUAAUCGAGAUUUCAUUGACAUGGUCGAGAAGCCAGGCAAACCCUGACCAACCCAUAGCACAUGUCUCGAUCAUCGACACUGGUCGUGGAAUUGCAACUGAAUUCCUUCGACACAAGCUGUUUACUCCCUUUGCACAGGAAGAUUCUCUCGUUGAAGGCGUCGGGCUCGGACUAAGCAUUGUGCGGCAGCUCGUCAACUCGCUGGAUGGUCACAUCAACGUGCGCAGCGAAGUGGAUAUAGGAACUCAAGUCGAUGUCUACAUCCCAGUCCAGUAUCUCGGCAACGCGGACCCAGAGAGCAAUCCAAAAAACCCCCUACGCAGUGCCGAGCCCCUCAACGCAUGCCUCGUCGGAUUCAAUGGCUAUCCCGAUCUCAAGGAGAUCCCUACGGGCAUGCUGACCGUCGAAGCCAAACGAAAUUUAUCUAUCCAGAGUUCACUUGCGGACGUCUUUAUGUCCAAAGCUGGGUGGAAAGUAUCUCUCGCCGAGUCCCUCGAUAAAGGGCAAGGCGAUGUGGCUGUUCUCGAAAGCUCCACGCUCGAAGGACUCGUCGAACCGGAGUCGAUUGCGAAGGUUGCGUCGGAGAAUGGCUUCAAGUUCUUGAUUAUCCUGAACAACAAGCCAAACUCGUUUGACGAGAGGCUUCAUCCGAGUUUUGUCUGUGUGUCUCCGCCGUUCGGACCACAUAAAUUGCAGAGUUCUGUCGAGAAGAUUCUAAAACUACGGGCGGACUCUGAGUGCGAUACCCCGGCGUUAACUCUUGAGCAAGAGCUUUCAGAGACAACAGAGAAACUUUCUAUCACGCAUAUCGAGGAAGGCCCCGAAGACCCGGUUGAGUCGCCGCCGAUCAUCGUCCGCCCACAGAUUCUGCCUCUUCAGACACCCGCGGAUAGGCAACGCCAUGUUCUUGUGGUCGAUGACAACGAGAUAAAUCUCAAGAUCAUGGCAACAUUCAUGCGCAAGAUCGGGUGUACGUACGAGACCGCCUCGAACGGACUCAUCGCCUUGGAAAAAUACAAAGCCUCCAACCUUCGAUUCGACUUCGUUCUAAUGGAUAUCUCAAUGCCAGUAAUGGACGGCCUCGUCUCAACCAACAAAAUCCGUCAAUUCGAAAAAGAAACAGGUCUCCCGCCCUCGUACAUCAUGGCUGUGACCGGCGUUGCAUCGGAUACCAUGCAGCAGCAGGCUCUGGCUGCGGGGAUCAAUCAUUAUCUAAUCAAGCCUCUUUCCCUUCUUGAGCUUAAGAGAAGUAUUGCAUGA